AUGAUUGCUGUAUUAGAACCAUUCUCAGAUAGCAUCAAUAUCAAUAUGUUUAAAAGUAUGCUCGCCAUGGAUCAUGCUACCAGUAACACCAAUGGAAAAAUUUGGAUUUUUUGGAACACUAAUAUCUCGUGUACUGUAUUGGAAGCAGAUGAACAGCAGGUCACUUGUGAAAUCAGCCACACUGAAAUUCAGGGUAAUUAUAUCAAAACCUUUGUGUAUGCCAAAUGCAAGGAAUAUCUCAGGGAACCUCUCUGGGACAGACUGCUUCACUUUGCUAAUACUAGAUAUAAUUCUCCUUGGUGUACAGUUGGAGACUUUAAUGUCAUAACUGACAUUGAUGAAAAAUUGGGAGGUAUUCCAUACAAUAUGAGAAAAAGUCUAGAGUUCAUUAGUGUUAUUGAAGCAUGUGGACUCAUGGAUUUGGGAUUUAACGGACCUAAAUUCACUUGGUCUAAUCAAAGGGGUAUCAAUUUCAGAAUUUGGAAGAGGUUGGAUAGGGCUAUGGUUAAUGAUAAUUGGUUGCAAAAUAUGCCUCAAUCUUGCAUCACCCAUCUCCCUUCUGUGGGGUCUGAUCACUGCCCUUUACUUAUGGAAAUGACUGCCAGGCCUGACGACUGCAUCAAAUAUUUCAGAUUCCUUAACUGUUGGGUUGAGCAACCUUCAUUCGAGAACACUGUCUCUGCCUGCUGGAACAGACCUAUCGAAGGAAACCCCAUGUGGAUCUUCCAUCAAAAAAUGAAGAGAUUAGCUUCUACUCUUAGUGCUUGGUCCAAGAUGCAAUUUGGUGAUAUUUAUGCUAAAGUCAGGGAUUUCGAGAAAAGAGUCAAGGUAGCUGAAGACAAUCUCCUUCAACACAACACUGAGAAACAUAGAGAAGAGCUUCAUAGUAUUAAUGCUGAGUAUAUUCGAUACAUGAAGUUAGAAGAUGCUAUCCUUAAACAAAAAUCACAAUUGCAAUGGUUUAAAGAUGGUGAUGGUAACUCCAAAUAUUUCCAUGCUUUGAUUAGAGGAAGGAGGAGAAGAUUAUUUGUCCAUAAGAUCCUCAAGGAUAAUGAUGAAUGGAUACAAGGAGACGAACAUAUUGCAAAGGCAGCUUGCGAUCAUUUUCAGCAUAUAUUCACAGGUGUAGAUAAGAAGAUUGAUGAACUCCCUAUGGAAUGUAUCCCAAGACUAGUCAGCCAGGAACAGAACGACGGACUGAAAGAAAUUCCAUCCAUUGAAGAGCUUAAGGAAGUUGUCUAUUCCAUGAAUCCCAAUUCAGCAGCGGGACCGGAUGGUAUGAAUGGUUAUUUCUUCCAGAAGUGCUGGAAUAUUAUCAACAAGGAUUUGAUGGCUGUGAUUCAUGCAUUUUUCAGUGGCCAGAUGAUCCCUAAAUAUUUUUCACAUACCUGUCUUAUUCUUCUGCCUAAAGUGAAAAACCCUAACAGACUCAAUGAAUUCAGGCCUAUCAGCUUGAGUAAUUUCAUUACCAAUAUUAUUUCUAAGCUUUUAUGUCUUAGAUUAGCUCCUAUUUUACCUAGUCUGAUUUCUCCAAAUCAAUCAGGCUUUGUAAAAGGUAGAAGCAUAUCGGAGAACAUUAUGCUAGCUCAAGAAAUUAUACACCAGAUUAAGAAACCUAUUAUUGGAAGCAAUGUUGUGAUCAAGCUUGAUAUGGCAAAAGCUUACGACAGGGUUUCAUGGUCAUAUAUUUGUUUGAUCCUAAGAAAAAUGGGCUUUGAAGAGAUUUUCAUUGACAUGAUAUGGAGAAUUAUGGCCAACAAUUGGUACUCUAUCAUUCUUAAUGGUAGAAGAUAUGGUUUCUUCCAUUCGACUAGAGGCCUUAAACAAGGUGAUCCACUAUCCCCAGCCCUAUUUAUUUUAGGUGCUGAGGUGUUAGCUAGGUCUCUGAACAGACUCCACCAACAUCCUCUUUAUCAUGGCUUCUAUAUGGAGAUGAGAGGACCUCAGAUUAACCACCUAAGUUUCGCGGAUGACAUCAUAAUUUUCACCUCGGGGAGGAAGGAUUCUCUCAAACUCAUCAUGCAGACCUUGACUACUUAUGAAAAGAUCUCUGGUCAACUCAUUAACAAAGACAAGAGUCAUUUUCUGCUCCAUCCUAAUGCCUUCAGAACUACGUGCAACAGAAUUAAAAGGUAUACUGGAUUUCAUCAAAAGGAGGCUCCUAUUACGUACCUUGGUUGUCCACUAUUUAUUGGAAGACCGAGACUGAUCUACUUUUCUGAGCUUAUCAGCAAGAUAAUGAAUAGAAUUAAUGGUUGGCAAUCUAAGAUGCUAAGUUAUGGGGGUAAAGCCACCUUGAUUAAGCAUAUUCAAGGCAUUAUGGCUGACUUUCUUUGGGGACGAAGAGAUGACAAGAAAAAGUAUCAUUGGUCGUCAUGGAAAAAUCUUAGCUUUCCGUAUGAGGAAGGGGGAAUUGGAGUAAGAACCAAACGAACACUUUGGGGAGACUUUCUUAAAGCAAAAUAUUGCCAAAGAUCGAAUCCCAUUAGCAAAAAAUGGGAUACGGGUGAGUCUCAAGCAUGGAAGGUCCUUAUGAGGAACAAACAUAAGGUGGAAAAACAUAUCCAAUGGAAGAUUAACAAUGGUUCGAGUUCAUUUUGGUGGGACAACUGGUUAGGAGUAGGACCUUUAGCUCAAUUCACUACCACGAGCCAUAGAUUCGACAAUGAAACUAUCGCAGAUUUUAUGGCAAAUGGGCAGUGGAAGAUCGACAAACUGAUCAGGCUUGCUCCUCAGAACCAUUUACCUGCAAUUCUGUCCACUAACAUACAGUUACAGCAUGCUAAUCCAAACCUGGCAAUAUGGAGUCCCAAUUCCAGUGGCUUCUUUACUGUAUCUUCUGCUUGGGAUAUUAUUAGAGAUAAAAGAGCAAAAACCAAGCUUAACUCCUACACUUGGAAUCGAAAUAUCCCUUUCAAAUGUUCUUUCUUGCUAUGGAGAACAAUUAGGGGCAAACUCCCUACCAACGAAAAGAUAUCUAAUUUUGGAAUCGAACCAAAUGAAUGCUACUGCUGUCACUCUCCAGGAGCAGACACCAUUGAGCAUACCUUUAACACGGGGAACUUUGCCAAAAAUGUGUGGAGAUUUUUUGCGAUUUCUUUAGGCAUCCAAACUGAUUUUUUGCCUCUUAGAAACAUGAUCAUGAGAUGGUGGAGCUCUACUCAUUACAACGAAGCACACAAGCUUAUUCUCCAAGCUACUCCAAUCUUUAUUUGUUGGAACUUGUGGAAAAAUAGAUGCGCGAAAAAAUACGGAGGCAAACAAUCCAACAUUGCAAGAGUUAAGCAUUUAGUGAUUUUGGACACCUUCAAGCUGCUGCAUACAACCUUUCCAUAUAUAUCGUGGCCUUUGGGAUGGAACAAGCUAUGCACACUCAUUGAAAAAUGUACUCACGAUAUCAAGGUCACUGCUGUCCAGUGGAUUAAACCACCAGCCAGGUGGUUUAAAUUAAAUACGGAUGGGAGUGCCUUGAGUAACCCGGGCAGCAUAGGAGCAGGGGGUGUGCUCAGGAAUUCUUUGGGAGAUAUUAUCUUUGCAUUUUCAACCCCGUUAGGCGAGGGAACCAAUAACCAAGCGGAAGUGGAGGCUGCUUUAUUUGGUUUAUCGUGGUGUGUACAAUUGAAUUAUAAGAAUGUGAUCCUUGAAGUUGACUCCCAACUCCUUGUGGAUUGGCUUAUGAACAACAAAUCAACACCGUGGUCUAUCUCACCCCAAAUGCAACAGCUUCACCAAGUUAUCAAUCAACUCACUCACUUCAAUUGCAUUCAUACUCUUAGGGAAGCAAAUUUUGUGGCAGACUCAUUAUCCAAACACAGUCACCAGCUCACCAGUCCUCACGUGUACUUCAGCAGCCAGCAACUCCCCAAACUGACAGCAACAUAUCUUCAACAAGACCACGCAGGUAUGGCAAGUUUCAGAAGAAGAAAAUUGAAGAGAAUUAAAGAACCUCCUUAA